AUGUCGCUUCGAGAGCCCUCGUCUACAACCGCGCUCCGAGCUCGCCCAUCCAACCCAUUCCGACAUGUGGUCAAGAGCUUGUCGCGCUUUACCGCUCGCGCUUCCACCACCACCGCCGCCGCCAAUGCCGACGCCGCUAGCCGUACGAUGCUUUUGAAAGAAUGCUCGCUCUACACCUGUUUCCUUCUCGCCGGCUGGGUGGACGCUACGCCGGGUGCACUACUUCCGGCUAUCCGCGCGCACUGGGAUCUCAGCUUCGUCUACGUCUCGAUGCUCUUUGUCGGCACAUUCACUGGCUGCAUCAUUGCCGCCGUCUUCGUCUCGCCUAUGAUGGAUCGGUUUGGUUUUGGAAAGAUGAUCUCGACCGCCGCUGCGCUCGGUCUGGUGUUUCCGGUCGUGUUUUUAAGCAUGCCACCGUUUCCAGUGUUGAUUGUGGCCAUGAUCUUUUCGGGCAUGUCGACGAGCACGCUGGAUGCAUUGGUCAACGUCUGGAUCUCGCAACGACCCAAGGCGGACGUCAGGUUGGGCUUUACGCAUUUUCUGUAUGGCGUAGGCGCAUUGAGUUCGCCAUUGGCUGCAAUCCCGUUUUUGCACCAGGGCAGAAAAGGGAUAGCGUUCCAGUACUUUUUCGUGGUCUCCUUGGCGUUGGCCAUGGUGGUGUUGGCGUUGGUGACCGUCGCAUUUCGACUGCAGAGAGACCAACAUGUGGAAGGUCCGAGCGACGCUAAUGUCAGCGAUACGAGCAUCGAGUUGCAGCCAGCCAUGCCAACGCCGAGCGAUUCGAAGGCAAACCGAUCACAAGCAGAAUCAACACCGGCAGCAUCCUCGAUUUCGAUACCGUUAGAUUUUGUACCUACCACAUCUAAGGCUUUCGGCGGUGGUCAGGAGCUGCAUCCAAUUACCGCACCCUCACCCGCGUCUGCGUCCGCGUCCGCGUCCGCUUCCACCACCGAUACGCGCUCGGCAUUCCACAAACUCAAGGCAGUCGUACGACAGCAAAAGGUGAUUCUUCUGAGCCUGUUCACGUUUAUCUACGUCGGAACCGAAGUGACCGUCGGUGGAUGGAGCUCGACGUUCUUGCUCGAAGUGCGCAACGGAUCGGCUUCGGCCAAUGCGAUUGUGUCGGGCUUCUGGGCGGGGAUCGCGUUUGGUCGAAUCCUCUUGAUUCCUGUUACGGCUUGGAUGGGCGAAGAGCUGGCCGUGUUUGUGUACCUCUUGUGCGCCAUUGGUCUGCAAUUGCUCGUCUGGCUGCUACCCAACAUUGUCGCUAAUGCCGUAGCGCUUGCGUUGCUGGGUGUGUUUCUGGGUCCAGCUUUCCCUGCUAUGAUCAGGGUGUGCGAGCGAACCGUUCGACCCAGGGCGCACUUGACUGCGGCAAUCAGUUUCAUCUCGACGUUUGCUGCCGCCGGAAUGGCAAUGCUCCCGUUGCUCGUGGGGAUCGCAUCCCAAAAGGCUCCGCAGGGGAUCAAGAUUUUGGCGCCCAUGUUGGUCGCCAUGCUGGCCGUGCAGGUGGUGCUGUGGAGCGCUACCAACAAGAGUUACUUUGUCAACCGCUUCGUCCGACGCAACGGCCUAGAGGCUCGCGUUCAAGACGUCGAUCGUCUCGACUAA